AUGGGAAAGAUAACAGUGAUUGGGGCUAGUAACUGGGAUAUGUUCACCUAUUGCGCUAGAAUACCGGUAGUUGGUGAAACAAUCAAAGGAAAUGACUUUAAAACUAGCUAUGGUGGUAAAGCAUCGAAUCAAGCCGUUCAAUGUGCUUUGCUUGGCUCUGAAUGUGUUGGUGAUGAUAUGAUUGGAAAGAAUACAAUAGAGAAUUUCAAAUCAAAGAAUAUCGAUAUCAAACAUGUUGGUCUUGUCAAAGAUGUACCAUCAGGUUGUGCAACCAUCAUUGUCGAUAGUAAAGGAAAUAAUAAUAUCAUCAUUGUUGGUGGAUCAAAUGAUAAACUAGAUCAACAAGAUGUCAUUGAUGCAACUUUUACCAUUCAAAAAUCAAGUUAUCUAUUAUGUCAACUUGAAGUAUCUCUUGAAACAACAUUUAAAGCAUUAAAAGUUGCUAAACAACCUGCUUCAUCUUGCAAGACUAUAUUAAAUUUAUCACCUGUUACAAAUGAUCCAUUGUUAAUGGAAAUGAUGGAAUUUGUAGAUAUAUUAUUAUUAAAUGAAGUAGAGUUGAUUGGAAUUGCAAAAAAGACAGAGGAAAAGAUUGAUAUGACAUCGAUGAGCACUUUGCAUCAGUUGGUGUUGGACAGUGUCAUGAACAAAUAUCCUACCAUUCAAUCGGUUAUUGUCACAUUGGGAGAGAAUGGAUGUUUGUUGGUUAGUCGAGAUUACAAGGGUAUCGACCAAUACACUCAUGUCCCAGUUACUGAAAAGGUGGUGGCUGUCGACACAACAGGUGCUGGUGACAGCUUCACAGGUGCAUUGGCACAUUAUCUCGAUCAAUCAUUUGACAUGGCUGAAAGUAUUUCAAAAGCAAGUCGAGUAUCAGCCAUAUCAGUAACUAGAUAUGGAACUCAAACUAGUUAUCCAUCUAAAUCUGAUCUUUAA